GACCCGCGAGUGUCCGACUGGCCGUUGAUGCAGUCUCCCUGGCCAACGGUGGGGAUAUGCCUGUCCUAUGUAUAUUUGGUCAAAUACCUGGGUCCGACCCUCAUGAAGGACAGGCCCGCUUAUAACAUUCGUUUUCUAAUGGUUUUCUACAACUUCGCGAUGGUUUUCAUCAGUCUUUAUAUGUUCGUCAAACUCGGGAUUUACGGCUGGUUUGGUAAAUACAACUAUAAGUGCCAACCGGUCGACUACUCCAACUCAGUCGAGGCCAGAGGCAUGGCGUACCUGAGCUGGUGGUACUACAUCUCAAAGUUCUUAGAGUUUUCUGAUACCAUAUUCUUCGUGUUGCGCAAGAAGUUCACACACGUGUCCACACUUCACGUCAUCCAUCACGGAGUUAUGCCUAUGAGUGUCUGGUGGGGCGUGAAGUUCACACCGGGAGGACACAGCACUUUCUUUGCCUUCGUCAACAGUUUCGUUCACAUUAUUAUGUAUAUCUAUUAUGCAUUGUCUGCGAUCGGACCACAAAUGAAUAGGUAUUUGUGGUGGAAGAAGUACAUGACAACAUUUCAAAUGGUCCAAUUUGUCUUAAUAUUCGUGCACUCGUUUCAACUACUGUUCCGUGAAUGCAAUUAUCCGCGGGGUUUCAUGUGGUGGAUAGGCUUUCACGCCGUCUUAUUCUGGUUCCUAUUUUGGGACUUUUAUAAAAACGCCUACAAAUGCAAGUCCAGUGGCAAAGGCGGUCCAAAGCCGUCGCUGGCCUCCAUGUGCUCUCUAGACUACGAACAAGUGUCGAACGGACACCAGAAGAAUGGCACGAUUGUCAACAACGGAACCAAUAAAACCAAUUACUCCAAUGGUAUCCAUAAAACGCAUAAAAAUGGUAUCAAAUUCAAAGACCUCUGAUUAUCACACAACACAAACAAAUCUAUUAUUUAAUUGAAGUUUAAAUUGUAUUAUUAUUAACAUAUUCUCUCCUUUUGUUUUCUUGUAUUAAUAUUUUUUAUUCCAAAAGUUAUGCCAUUAUUCUCGCAUUUGAUUUGUUUCUCGUAUUUUAAAAACACAUUUAUAUAUAACUAAAAACGAAAAAUAUAACUGAUCUUAAAUACACUAAAAAAGGAUAUUAUUAUAAAUUAUGAAACGAAAUGAAAUUAUAGUUUGGAAGCUGUGAGGCAUCGGUUGUCAUAAGAAAAUCUCAUUUAUAAUUAUUAUUAUUACUCUAUUUAGUUUUUUUUAUAGUAAUGUGUUAAUAUUU